AUGAACAGAUACCCAUAUAAAAAACGUAACUGGGACGCCGUAACCGACGAUAUUCGCUACGAGCGAGCUCUGACCCAAAAUAUCAGAAUUCAAAGCUACGCCACCUCCCCUACAGCUCCAGAAAUCAGCUGCGAGGUGCGUGGGUCGACCGGCGCCAAGUACACGGUGUACCUCAGCACACAGAACGUCCCGGACUGCUCGUGCCCGGACUGCGGGAAUGGGAAUGUGUGUAAGCAUAUCUACAACGUGGUCGACGAGCUUCUCGACGGGCGGGGGGUCAGCGAUGCUGUGUAUGAGGAGUGGGAUAUGCCCCUAGUUGCAUUGGCGAAGUCAGCACUGGAGAAGAAGUUUGGAAGGAGUAGUAAUAGGGUGCGGAAAACAGCUGCGCCCAUACCCGCACCCGUACCCGCGCCCGCCGCUGCAGCUCUAGCACCCCCACCGACAGCUCCGGCCCGGCUACCGGCUCUGGCGGCCCAGUAUCCCGGCCUUGGCCCCGCUGCUCCCCCGAAUCCAAUCCAGCAAGGCUCACCAUACCCAAACAUUGAAGCAGAAGUUGACGACCUCCUCCCGCACACAAAUAUUCAUACCUUCCUCCGCGGAUUAGCAAUCACAAGCCCACCCGUUCUAGCCGUUCUCCGUGCGGAAGCAAUGCCCCGCGUGCAUACCCUCGACUUUACAAACUUCAAAAAUCAAGUCUUGCAUAUCGUGCACACCAUCGAUAACGUCCCUGAGCCCGCGAGGGCGGUCGUCGUUAGAGGCAUUGAGGAUCAUCUGUGGGGGUUUCUUAACGAGAUCAAGACAAAGACGACGAAGCAUACCCCCUUCAGGGCAAGGUCCACCGGAUUUGAGGUAUGCUUGAUGGUUCUGAAGGGUCUGGGAGAAGUGGGUGGUGUGUUCUUGAGACAGAAUGGACUUGUAAAGAGCGCUGUUGAAGUUAUGAUUCAUCUAGAUAUGAAGGGGGAUAUGGUUAGGAAGUUUGAUAGGGAGGUCAUGUGGUGGGUUGGAAUGUACUCUAAUAUUGAGGGGGGAUUGUUUGGAAGGUUGAUUAGGGAAAGGGGGGAGAUUGUUGUUCUAGAGUGAGCGAUUGAGGACGAGAGAUCUUUACCUACUUGGAUACAUGUAUAAUGGGGGACUAGCUACUUUGGCCUUGGGUCUGUCUCUUUCCCUCAGUUGACAACGACAGUCAAGGAGAUAAGGGUUAUGUUUUUCUUCCUUGUAUCAUAACAUACAAUUCGUUUCACCGCUUACCAGCUCUAAUCAAAUCACCACAGCGAAACAAUAGACAAUCUUUUUUUCCGAUGCCGUCG